UCUCGAUGGCUAUCAUAUCAUAUGAUCAAUUGUGUGCUGCAUGCUAUACGCGAUGCAUCACUUUUGCAUAUUUGACAUAUGCCAAUCUCCAUGAUGGAAUGAUGUGGUGGUCUUGAAGAACUAACAGAUCUAUGGUGCACCUUAGUGCAAAACAUGCACCGCGGAGAAUCCCACUUGGGAACGUAGCCGUCAAAUAAGCAAGCCUGACCGACGUUGCGGUGGAGCUCUUGGCUACACCGACAGGCCAAGCGUUUGUAAAAUAAAACCCUCUCUAUGGGAAGGAAGGGCAAGAAGCGAGCCAAGGAGCGCCGUAUUCAGCGUCUCCAAGAGAUUUCCGAGCUCCGCAAGAUACCCUACCCCCCUCUCCAAAGAUGGUGGUCGUCGGAGACGGUCGCCGUCGUGACGGGGGCCAACCGGGGAAUCGGGUACGAGAUCGCUCGGCAGCUUGCGGGCCAUGGGCUGUGCGUCAUUCUCGCCUCAAGAGAUGCUGAUCGAGGGCGUGAAGCUGCUGAUGGGUUACGCGAACAGGGUCUUAAUGUGGACUCACACCAACUGGAUGUCUUGGAUGCCGCCUCCGUUGAAUCGUUUGUGAAAUGGGUUGUCCUCAAGUACGGCGGUCUUGAUAUCCUGGUAAACAGUGCAGGUGUCAACUUUAAUGUAGGCUCAAAUAACUCUGUUGAAUUUGCUGAAAAGGUUAUCGCGACAAACUAUAACGGCACAAAACAGAUGAUUGAAACCAUGAUCCCAAUAAUGAAACCUUCUGCUUCUGGUGCUCGCAUAUUGAAUGUGAGCUCAAGACUUGGUCGGGUCAAUGGCAGACGAAAUAGAGUUGGUGACACUAACUUGAGAGAGCAACUGUUGAGAGAUGACUGCUUAUCUGAGGAACUGAUUGAUGGUAUGGUUGCAAAAUUUAUCGAACAAGUUAAGCAGGGAAGUUGGGCAUCAAAGGGAUGGCCUCAAACGUUUACUGAUUAUUCACUAUCUAAGUUGGCAGUCAAUGCUUACACUAGACUGAUGGUAAGGAGGCUUUCCAGUAGGCCAGAAGGUCAGAAGAUCUACAUCAAUUGUUAUUGUCCAGGCUGGGUGAAGACUGCUAUGACAGCUUGGGAAGGAAACAUUUCAGCUGAGGAAGGUGCGGAUACUGGAGUAUGGGUUAUCCUGCUACCUAGUCAACCAGCCAUUACAGGAAGGUUUUUCGCUGAGAGACGUGAGAUAAGCUUUUAAACUAUGCACCUCAGCCAAGUGUUCUGUUCAGUUUGUUAUGGUCGUUGGUCCCAGGGCUUGCUAACAUGUCCGGUGGUCUCAAAUUAGCCCAAGAAAUAUUUAUGAAGACAAAAAAUGCAGAAAGAUACCAGUUUUAUCAUGCAAAGUGCUACUACCAGAAUGCCACUGAAGUGGUGUAAUAAAAAGGGUCAUGCUUUCUUCUUGAAAUCUUCACCGAUGACAUGAUCACUGGUUGAAUGACAUCGAGCUUAACUCGUUCAUUAACUGUGAUUUCUCUCAGUCCGCAAGCAGCAAGGAUUGUUGAGUGUUUCGUACUCCAUGGGCAGGGAAUGGUAUUCCAGCUUGAUGGUUUAGCAAUGCUGUCUUAGUGCCAUCUUGGAGUCUGGAAUGUCUCAUCCUUGAGAACCAAAGAGUAUCAGCAGGGUGCACUCUUUAAGAGCAGACUUGUUUCUUGAAGGUUGAAGCGGUAAGAUAAUGGCUUCUAUUUUCUGUAUUCUGUAAAGGAUUAUGCAUAUGAUCAUGUAAUCAACGGUGCAACACACUUGACUGGAAUUCCAAAAUGUUUGUCUGUGUUGCUUCCAUCAUUACUGUUUUCCAUGCUUUCUUGUCACAUUUCUCUCACUUAGAUUUCUAUGAAGGCUCUAAUGAGCAUCCAGUAUUAA